GGGGUCCUUUAAAUCUGAUGGCGUCUUAAGCGAAGAUGUGGAGAAGAAUUUAUUAGACUUUUAUUUUUAAUUAAAUGUUAAUACAUCUUUACAAAUGCGUAGUUCAUAUUUUAAGCCACAAAAUGGCUCAAACUACAAAUACACCAAGUUUAAAGCUUCAGCAGACACGGCUGGAUCAGCCAUGUCCCUGAAGCCCCAGAAAAAUGCCCAAACUACAUAUUAUAUUGAGCUUGGAGGUUACCAGUACUGGCCUGUACUGGUGCCCAGAGGCAUCAGACUGUACACAUAUGAACAGAUCCCAGUAUAUCUGAGAGAUAAUCCAUACAUCACAGAUGGAUACAGAGCCUACCUGCCUUCCAGGCUUUGCAUUAAAAGCCUCUUCAUCCUGUCCAAUGAGACGGUAAAUAUCUGGAGCCAUCUGUUGGGAUUCCUGCUCUUCUUCUGUGUUGGGGUGUACAACAUGGUGUCGGUGCUGCCAUCCAUCGGAGCAUCGCGAGAGGAUUAUGUCAUAUACUCCAUCGGGUUGUUCUGCUUCCAGCUGUGUAUGCUUUGCUCCGUGGGCUACCACCUGUUCUGCUGCCACCGCUCGGAGAAGACCAGCCGCCGCUGGAUGGCGCUGGAUUACGCUGGCGUUUCAAUCGGCAUCCUGGGAUGCUACGUUCCAGGAGUCUUUUACACAUUCUACUGUAAUAAUUACUGGCGGCAGGUAUACCUGGUGACGGUCCUGGCCAUGAUCCUGGCCGUCUUCUUCGCUCAGAUCCACCCUCUCUACCUCAGCAAGCAGUGGAAGCAGCUGCGCUCGCUCAUCUUCUGCUCUGUAGCGGGGUACGGCCUCGUCCCGACCGUUCACUGGAUCUGGAUUACCGGAGGCUUCUCCUCCGAGCUCGUACAGGCUUUUGUUCCACGCAUCCUUGGGAUGUACUUCAUUGCGGCUUUAGCUCUUGUUUUCCAUGUUUCUAAGGUUCCUGAGCGUUACUUCCCUGGUCAGCUGAACUAUCUGGGCUCCAGCCACCAGGUGUGGCACCUUCUGCUGGUUCUGAUGUUCUACUGGUGGCACCAGUCUUCAGGCUUCAUCAUGGCCUACAGACACAGCCAGCCCUGUGCCAGUGCUCCACAGCACACGUAGCUGACUCCUCUACACAGCAGGACCCGACCCUUUGCAUGACAGCGUUCCAGUCGAAUCUGCAGACCUGAGCCGCUUCAGGGUGUGUUGGGACGAGUCUCACUCAGGAUCAACCAUCAAAAGGACAUUAAUGUCAGAAGGUCACCUCCAGAAACCCGUUCUGAGUCCAGGCAAGCAGCCAUGUCACCCACCUGGUCAUCAGGUCUUUAACAUUCUUCCAAGUGCCUGAAAAUGAUGUAGCUCCUUGGCUCAGUCCUGUAUAUUUAGACGUUUCAAUGUCCCAUCAUUGAGCUGAAUUUGAACCACUUAGUCACAGAAAGUGACCAUCAGUCAAUAAUGUUACAGGAAUGAACCCAAAGAUUGUUUUUAUUCAACAUGUUAGUAACCAGAUGUCUGUGUUUUUUGGGGGAGAAGGGGGGAAAUGUUUAAGUAAUAAACGAUUCAGAGCUGCAGAUAAAGUUUGGGGAGAAAUUCCUCCCCGUUUAGUGAACUAGAUCAGAUUUAAAGGAAAUAAUGAGCAGCUCUGCCUCUAGAGGGCACUACUGAGACACUCCAAGGGUUUUAGUGGCAGUAUUCACUUUCCUUUAUUUCAUGGUUGUAUUUUUUGAUCCUUUAUUGGGCUCAUAUGGGAGACCUUCUUCCUCCCCCUGAGUUGAUGGGAGAAGCUCUCACUGUGGAUAGAAACAGUGUUUUAUAUGUAAACAACUAAGGUAUGAUGUUCUAGGUACUAUGUUCUAGUUCAGGGGUCUGCAGCUCUUUGGAGCUUCCAAAGAUUUUACAUAUAGACUAAAUAACUGCUUAUUUAGGGUUUGAAUAAAUCGAAUUUUUUUUACCACAUAAUGACAGUAUUAGUAAUAUCAAUUUUGGUCUUCAGGUUUAUCUAAUUUUUUUAAUCAAAACGUCCCAUAGAAGAAAAUGUAAAUCCACAUGAUUGGCAAAAUUCAUGUUUUCUUUCUUGAAUUUAAUGUUGUAAAAUAAAAUGGGACUGUUCUCUAUAGUGGAUUUGAAUCAAAAAUUGAGUUAUCAUUCAAGGAAGGUAGCAGUUCUGAAGUUUUGUGUUCUGGUUUGAAUCCCACAGACUGCCUCCCUGCAGCAGAGCCCACCUUAUGUGUAAAGUUGCAUUGACAAAGAUAAUUAUGGAAUGGCUCUCUGGAUUGCAAAGGUUGCAGACCUCUGAUACGCCUCCUUUAGGGUGAUGUGCAAUGUCUCUGUUUUCUCAUAUGAACUGACUUCAUUCCAGAAUGCAGCGCCUCCAUGUUAGCUUUGGCUCCAGAGGCUGAGUGGGAGCUGAUCGGCUCUGCUAACGGUCUGAGAUUCUGAGGAAUCCAUUUUCUUCUCUCUAGCAAAAUGGGAUUUUAAAUGAUUAUUUUUCAACAUCCAUUUUUAGGUUUAAGUGAAAAUAAUCCUAUUAUAGUUAGUCACAUAUAGAAAUAUUUUAGCCAAAUUGUCCCCCUGAUAAUGAACAUCUUUGUCUUCAAACACAGCAGAUCUUUAAACCAGCUUUUUAUGGCAUUUCAGGUGCUGUUUAGAAUCUGCUUUUUUGCAGCUUUAAUUUAGAUAAUAAAAACCCACCACUGUCAUUUUUUUUUUUUUUUUUUUAUAUAGAAGAGCAGCUCCUUCAAUGUUUGUCUUUUGGGUCUCAGCUGAGCCCAACUGAUCACGAGUCUCUCAUCAUUAAACAAUAAUGGAGUUAAAAAGAUAAAAAUGCAGGCUGGUUUUGGAAUGAAAGGUUUCUGUUUUAUAGUCAAAUUUCUGAUACUGUUUGUAUUUAAAUUAUUAAUGGUCUUCAAACUGUACUGCCUAUAAAUGACGUAAAAAAUCUUUUCUUAUCUGCUGUUUAUAAAAUGACUUAUUUUGAUGCUCAAGUUUUUGUCUUUUUCUUCUCAUGACACUAUUUAAAAAUACAAAAAAACGUGACUAAUAAAAGUAAAGCUGUGUAGCUAAA